UUGCUUUAACCGCAUACUACAUCAGUUGGUUCGCGUAUAGUAGCGACUCGCCCAAUUUCAUGCUUUUCGUGGCGUGCUGGACAGCCUUCAUCGCAACUCCCUAUCUUGCCUUGGCGCCAGUGUUCUUCCCCCAGUUUGCGCAUCGCAUCGUCAUCCCAGCUGUCGAAGUGAUUACCAUGAUAUUCUGGUUUGCAGGAUUCAUCGCCCUAGCCGUAUUCCUCCCACCAACAGAAGCCUGUCACUGGAGCCGUUGCAGUGCGUUACAGGCCGCAGUGGUCUUCGGUGCAUUCGAGUGGGUACUAUUUCUGGUUACUUCCGUUUUCGCUGUCCUCGGCAUUUCGCGUACCCGGUCCAGCUCCAGUACGAAGCCCACUCAUAACGAUCAUACCCACGUUGGCGUCUAAAUGGAGUCGAUAGUGACGGUUCCAUGAUACAUUUACGAAAUGAUAAGUAGAGCGACUAUUCGGCUAGCAGCGGAGGAAGCCCUUAAUUCGCCGGUAGUAUGAUAAUGACGUCAUUGUUAUGAACGACUACUACGUCGUCAGUGAUUCAGGGACAGCGAGGUUGGCGACGGUAAUGACAAUGAUAAUUUGGGAUACUUCGGAAGGAUAGAAGGAUAUGGUUUAAGCAGCUGACUACAGUCGCGCUUUAUGUUAUCGAUCGUUGACUGCUUUGUUCUGGUUUCGGCAGGAUACCCAUGUGUUACUAGUUACUAGGAGAUUUUGGUCGCCAUAUGAUACCACUUAGUCCUAGGACACCUUGGAAUGUGAAAUGUGUUUCAAUGGAUUAUAGUAUUCUUCGGUCUCUUUAACCUCCGAAAGGCCAAUAGUGGAAUGCGUUU